ACCAUCUCCUUGCACAUCAUAUUCUUCUAAUACAAACCUUCAAUUUUGAGCCCAAAAUUUCUGCCGGUUCCCAACAAAUAUGUUCUCAAAAAAUUUUCGGAAAAAUAUCGUGUCAGGAGGACGUUUGACGAAUACUUAUGUAUUACAAGGAAACGUGUAAAGAGAAAACACGCGAAAUAGCUCCGACAAGCUUCUCCUGCUACGACACUUUUCUGAACAAAUUUUAUGAUUGAAUUCCUGGGCAACCGGAAGGAAUUUUCAGCCCAAAAUUGGGAAUUUUUAUUAUAGCCCAAAAAUAUGCCAAAUAACAUGAAUAUUAAAAAAUUUUCAAACAUGGAUUUAUAUUUCUUUUUCCAUAUGCUCUUCGUAUCAUUUUACCUUAGGAAUUUAGAAUGCGAUAUGAAAGGCGACAUUAUUUGUGGAUCAUCUUGAUAAUUAUAUACAUAAGUAAUAUGAAUGAUAAAUAAUAUUUAUUUUAUAUGCAACACAAUAGCGGUGAGUCACUAAUUAUUCGUAACGACAUGAUCAACAUGUACAAUUUAAUCAGAAUGACAAAUUUAAAGAAGCUUUGGAUUGACAUUACUUCCAUACAUUAACGUUUGUAAUUAUGUAUCACAGAUAAAGGAUGUAAGGUAACCAGAUUUUUAAUAAAUACAUUCUAUACAUUUUAAUUCUGUAUUUUAGUUUUACGAAUUUAAUAAAUUUUGUUAUACAUAUAAAGGCCACAGGCGGUAAGUCAUAUUUCUUAUUUUUUACACAGAGUAGUUUUAAAAUUCAGUACGUCACCAAUCAAUUUCGUAUUGAUAAAAUUGACUAUAUAUUUAUGUUUUAUAUAUAUAUUUAUUGCUUAUAUAUUAAAGUUAGAAAAACAACAAAAGUAUAUUUAUUGUGUUCUUCUCUUGUGAUCUUCAUACUGGAAGCGAAAAUUUUAAAGAAUAUUCGGCAUCGAUCUUUAGACGCGCAAGCGCCAACCGGCAGAUUUACCUAGUUUUCGUGACACCGUGUACGCGUGCGGUCGAAACCGAGGUGAUCAUCUAUUUUCGUUUUCAUCCAGAAUUCCGAAGCUGCCGAGGUAAGGAUCGUUGUUUUACAAGAUUCGUGACAUAAUGCAGCUAUUGCAUGACAUAAAUGAGAGAACCAACAUUUAACGUGAACGUAUAUACUAUCAAAGUUAAAAACCAAAAGCACUGUGUUACUCCCAGUCUAAACGUAAAUGACACCAGUACCACCUGUACCAGAGAAAAAUAUUCGUCAAUUAAGAAUUCAUGAUUUACAUUUGUCGACACAUAUACAAACACAAAACACAUAAAAAUGUUUAAGAUAUGUAAAUUUCGUUCUGUAUCGUUAGAUGGAUGAUAUUCAAUUAGAUUCAAUGUCUGCCAUUCUCGAAGCAUGUGGAAAUGAUACUGGAUCCCCCUCGAUAUCAAAGGCUGAGGAUAAUCUAUCCAACAGCGACGGACCACUAAUUAGAGGCUGCAUUCGUCAAAAUAGCUGCAGUAGCGUUCACAUAAGUUCCGAAAACAUUAAUCGAACAACAAUCGUGACAUCUUAUACCAUGUCGGCAUCCAACGAGAAGUUAAUAAAACGACGGUAUUGUUUGUGGACCUUAACUUUUAUCCUAGCGAUAAUUGGACUUUGUAACCUUUUUCUCAACAUCACCGUAAUCGCUGUCCUACGAAUCAGUCAAGGAAUGGAAGCAAUGGAAGUGAUACCUGACGAGAAUCUUGUAAAGUUUUAUGGGAAAACCGACUUGGACAGGGUAUGCUUACAAUCAGGUGUUUGUCAGAGUUACGGAGACGAGCCGAUGGAAAUAUCCGGUAACGAAGCUGGUGUGCAAAUACGCGUGAAUGCGAAUAACCAUCGAACAGACGAUGAAACGCUUGCUAAAGUAACAAUUUUGUCGAACGGUACCACUAUGUCAAAAGUAGAAUCUUUCGAAGUGAAAGAUCCCAGAACCGGCACUAUUUAUUUCACUACCGAUUUUCCCAAUUUCGGAUUACCUGCAGGAGUGAAGAAAAUCGACGUAAAAAUCGCAGAAACACACAGAAUCACGUCACCAGUUAACGAAAGUCUUACCGUAAAUUCGGAUGAUCAAAUUUCUAUGCAAGGCGCAGAAGGCGCUAGCAUGGAAAGCAAAGAUAUCGUCUGGAGCGCGGAUACAGAUAUUUUUUUGAGAAGCGUCAACGGAAGCAUUAUCCUUGAUGCCAAAGAUGGUGUCUCUAUCGACGUAGAAAACAUACCAGUUGCACCACUGUUUCUACAAAAUCCAUCUGGUCAUGAACAAUAUAAAGUUUGCAUUUGCAUGCCACAAGGAAAACUCUUCAAAGUAGCAGUUCGUGCUGGUGUCAGCAGUCGAUCAGUAAAUUGUGCUCGUAUCAAUCGAACUCCGGAAAACGAUCCUUGCUUGCGAUAGGAUCGGAGCACCUAGUUUUUUACUGUAAUCUCGUUAACAUAUCCAACACUGCCAAGUGUACGAAAUUGG